AUGUCUCGUGACGCGAUUGAAAAUCUUACGCUUGACCUGGAGGAGAUGCGAACGCUUGCAGGGAGUGCCCAGCGCAAUCGGGUGCAACAGAUGCUAGCGAUCGACAUUCGCAAACUGGAGACGGACAUUCAGCGCCAGCGGGAUCUUUUGGCCGCCCAGGCCAGCAGCGAACAGAGCAUCUCCCGACCGGUACAAACAUCCGUGCCCGGUGAUAUCCGCCGCUACCAGGUGGAACUGAAGGAGUAUGCGUGGGAUCAGAGCGACAAGUUUAUCAAAAUAUUCGUUACCGUCAACGGUGUGCAGCAGGUGCCGGAGGAUAACGUGAAUGUAGAGUUUACCGAAAACUCAUUCCAGCUGGUGAUAAGCGAUCUCAACAAUAAGGAUUACAUUUUCGUCGUGAACAAUCUGCUCAAUCCGAUCGAUUCGGAGAAGAGUUACCGGCGCGUCAAGUCCGACAUGGUGGCGAUUUAUCUGGCCAAGCAAACGCCUACCAAAUGGGCACACUUGACACUGACGGCCAAACGGCUACAGGACCUGAAGGAUGAACAGAUGUCGGAUGGCAAGAAGCUUACGGCCGACGAUCCAUCCUCCGGUAUAAUGAACAUCAUGCAGAAGCUUUACGAAUCCGGUGACACGGAAAUGAAGCGCAUGAUGAACAAGGCAUGGCAUGAAUCGCAAACGAAGAAAAAGAUGGGCAUGGAGUAA